GGACAAACUCUCUGACUGGUUCAGACAACUUGCCAUUAUCCAACUUCUCCCCAAUCGAUAUUUGCCAUGAAAAUGGUCCGUUUUAUCUGACAGAAUGCCCAGGUCGGCGUAUAUAUCUUCUUCUUCUUCUCCCCAGCGUUGCGCUUGAUCCCAUUAUUCCAACUCCUGAAAGUGGCGGCUGGUACCCACUCUCUAUCUACCCCAAACUCCCCGACAUCUGCUGCUCUCCUGCGCCCACAUGGUGACCUCGCGACCCUCGCCAUGCCAUCGGACAUCCAGGUCUUUGUGAGAUGGAAAGACCAAACCAUUUUUGCGGGGGAGGAUGUGGAAUGUACAAUUACCUUCAAGAACGUUGCUGAGAGCAACACCGAGUCCAAUCAUGGCCCUCAGUCCCAGCAGCAGCAUCACCAGCGAAAGCAGUCUCGCGUGGGCAUGGUCAAUUCGACUUCCGAUUCCUUCUUCUCCCUGAAAUCGCCUCAGAACCUCUUCAGUCCGAGUCGCCGCUCCUCGUUCGCCAGUCCCCCAAAGAGACAAUCCCACCGGGUCUCUUCGUCGGUCAGUUCCCCAGUCACUGGGUCGCAUAGCUUUCCGCCUCCUUCGACCCCUCGGAUUGGGCAGUUUCCUGGCCACAAGCAUAAACGCUCCGUAUCGAUUCUGUCGAUUGAUAGUGAGGGAGGGGGUGAUAAGACACCAGUUUCGUCUUCUCCAUACAAUAACCGGCCCAAACCGACCAGGGGUCAUGGACGCUCUGCGAGUCUCCAGAUAUUACCGAGGAGGACUGAGAGUCACGAUGAGCCUCUUUCAAAAUCAGCGCGAAGUCCCCGGGGCUUCCCACACCCCGAGUCUCCCAUCACCGCAUCCCCUACCCAUUUGAAAGUCGACGUGGAUCGGCCGAUGAGAGCCGGCCGCUCUGGACCGGGUGUAUCUAGUCCUAUAAGACAGACUGAGUCGCCGCGCACCGCUCGACGAAGACCUCAACUACCCCCAAUAGACUUCAAAUUCCCCGCAGCACCCCCUCCUGCAAACGAGACGAACAAUAACCCAUCCAUGACUCCAGUUGACGAAAACCCUAGCUCCGCCAUAUCAACAAAAUCGAACGCAUUACCUGCGCAAGGUCAAAUACCUCAACUGGCGCGAAUUAUUUCUACGUCAAGUUUGGCAGGAAGCCACAGGAGCAGUGGGGAGUUUUACUCUGUCAGCGACCAUUCAUCGGAGACCCUUCAAUCCGAAUAUACAAACUAUUCCAUGCAGGGGAUGCGUUCUGGUCCUUUUCGUCACGGCCGACAUCAUUCCAGUGUAGAGCCUAGUGUGGCUUUCGUUAAUAGCCAGACGCUUCUCAUGGGAUAUGCCCAGGUCAGCGCUUCAUUUACUGUUGAUGGCUCAUUAAUCAACCAAUCCAUAUUCGAAGAUGUCAAGCGGAAAGGAGUGGUUGGUGGUCAAGCAAAUGGAGCUGGAAUGUCUGGUAGUGGGGCUUCUACGGCAAAAGGACGCAAAGCUGGUGGCUUUUGGGGAGCUCUGAAAUGGAAUAACAUCGAGGAGUCCAUUAGCAGUCUCCUGUCCAAUAACGAACUGGAUGGCUUGCGAGACAUGAGGGGUGUUUCCUCGUCACGGUCUAUACCGCUAUUGUCAACAUCACAGUCUUUACUGUUCGUUGAUCUCCGGCUGGCUCCUGGAGAGGAACAAUCCUACUCGUUUUCCUUCACUCUACCAAGAGGUCUUCCUGCUAGUCACAAGGGAAAGGCCAUCAAGAUAUCUUAUAAUCUAGUCAUUGGCACCCAGCGACCCAGUGGCUCUAAAGAGCCUCAGCGUGUCAAUCGAAUCAGUAUACCCUUCCGUGUGUUCAGCGGUGUGAAUGGCCAGGGUGAUGUUCUGGGACAUGAUUUAAUGUCCCCUUACGUUCUUCUCCGCGACGAAGCCCGGGUACAAAAGGUCGGGUCCAGUCCCACGCCAAUCGCGAAACCGAAAAGCAUCGGCGGACCAACAUGGACAUCGGCGCCCGAAUUCUUGUCGUAUGUCGAUGAAAUCCUCGACCAGAGCUCACGGGCAAACUCUUUGCAACCCCCCGAUACUCCAUUAGAAAGGCAGGUGAGCCACGACGAUCUACCUAUUCGCUCGAUCUCCUGCAAAGAUGCAAUCGACCUAGCGAUUCUCCGGAGCAACCAAGCUAUUCACUCAUCGCGCAGCCCUAAUAGAUUUGAGAUUGCGCGUAAUGGAAAACGGAUUGCAGUCGUGGUGCUUAAUCGCCCAGCUCAUCGACUAGGCGAAACCAUUAUCGCAACAAUAGACUUUGACGGUGCUGCACUUCCUUGCUACGCUUUACGGGCGACUCUGGAGACGUCCGAGAAAGUCGCGCCUCACCUAGCAGUGCGGUCGAAUGCUAGCAUCCACCGUGCUACGCACCGUGUUCAUGCGUCCUUUUUUGAAAACACACUAUAUUCCACCCGUGUCGUCUUUAGCCCUGCAGUUCCUAUCUCUGCCACUCCCAGCAUCCUGACCAGUGGGAUCAAUCAUGAAUGGGAAUUACGUUUUGAGUUUGUGACAAACAGUCUGCACAGUGAAUCUGGAUCCCGGCCAUCUGGUGUUGAAUUACUUGGUGCAGUUUCCGAGGACGAUCGUGGGCGGAUCAUGACGGCCUUGGAUAACCUGAGCUGCGAAUCUUUUGAAAUCUCGAUUCCUCUCACUGUGUAUGGUGAGACUGUUCGAGAGCGACUCCCAGAGGAGAACGAGGGCUACUCUAUAUAAUGUGAACUUGUUUUUGUGAGCUGCCUUGAUGGUUGAAGCAAGCGUGCCUCUUUUUUU